AUGUCUCGGUGUUACCCGUUCCCUCCACCUGGCUUUGUACCGAACCAAAUCAAAAAGGAUGAGUCUCUGAUCGAAUCGAUCAAAAAGGGGACAAAGGAGGAGGCUAAGAGAGAAAAGAAAGAUAGAAAACACAACAAUGAUAAAAAGAGGAAGGAGAGGGAUAAUGAGGCUGGCCGAAGCAGAAAGCACCUUCAUCAUAAGAGACAGCGUAAAGAUGACAAUACCAGUGCUUCUAAGAAGGUCGAUGACAAUGUCAGUGAGCCUGAGUGCAUGGAGAAGAGUUGCCUUACGAUGGAACUUGACCAUCAAACGUCUUCUCAGACAUCUUGUGAUAGUAAUCUUCAUGGCAAUGAGAAUGAGGGACAGAAUCAUAUUCAGAGUCAGCCCCUCACUGGUAGGCAUAACGACUCUGGUGAGUUUGUUUGUUUACUUGUUCUUGGGUCUGUCUGCUUUACGAUGAUGACACUCUUUCUUCAAAUUGUUGCUAUGGGUUUUGAAGAAACUAGCAAAAGGCAGAAAUAUCAUGAGGUGAUGAUGAGCAACAGGGAUCAGAAACAGUGCUCUUCUCGGGACGAUGCUUCUCAGGCUUUAAUGGUCUGCCAAGAGAGGAGGAGAGAUCCAGUUUUUGAUGCAGCGAUAGAUAUCUCAUCAAAACUCAGUAAAGAGAAGGAAACAAACAGACAAAGUGGUAUGCAACUAGGCAAAGAGAAACAGUCAUCUAGACAUCAUGAAGCCAAUGGACCUUCAAAGCUCUGCAGAAAACGCCCUUCUUCCAUGGCCAUGCGAUUCUUGAAUCUCAUCGAGAACUGGUCUCCUGAUCAGGUUGAGAGCAAGCUCACCGACUCUGAAGAUCAAGAAUGGUGGUUGUUGAUGAAAGUUGGCGCCAAAAGACAUCAUCCAGUUAGCAAUCAGACAAGCAGCAGUGGAAGUAGUUCGAUGGUGUGGCCAAGUGCUCGGUUUCUUCCAGAAGCCGAACUACACGCAUUGCCAUUCACUGUCCCGUUCUGA